AUGAGUGGGCUGAGACGGAAGAUACGGAGAACAUUUUUUAUGAGUAUGCGAUCAAAACUGAGGUCAGUCCAGGUGUGGUCGUCUACUCCCUGCCGCCGGAGGAGAACGCAGAGGGACAUCAUCAGUCAUUGUAUAGUACUCGGAGCAUGUGAAUGUUACUGGGCGCACGGCGAGGAACGAAGGAAAGGAUUCAAAUUUGCAUCCAGACGCUUGUUGUCGCGAUGCCUCGAGAAGCUACUGGAAAAGGGCACAGAGGGUGCCGACACGAAUGCAGUUCGGGCUGCAGAGGUUUACGAAAACGCAAUUGACAAAAACGACGUCAGUGCGAUGGUAGCUCUCGGCUUGCUGUUGGAAAAGGGCGCAGAGGGUGUCGAGAAGAACGCGGCUCGCGCAGUAGAGUUGUACGAAUGUGCGAUCGAAGUAGACCAGAGUGUUGACGCGAUGUACAAGCUUGGUAACCUCAUGAGGGAUGGGAGCGACAGAGUUGAGAAGGAUGAAGCGCGGGCUGACAAACUAUACGGGAGGGCGAUUGAGAAACACGAUGAUGCUCAUUCUAUGUUCAAUCUCGGCAACCUGCUAACAUAUGAUGCGGAACGAAUCGAGAGAAACGCGGCGCGUGGCAUAGAAAAGUUCGAGCGGGCGAUCGAGAAGGGUAAUGAUGUCGAUUCAAUGGUCCAUCUUGGUCUCCUCCUGCACAAGGGCGUAGAGGGAGUCGAGAAGAAUAUGGUUCGCGCCGUUAAGCUGUACGAGCGGGCGAUCGCGGAGGGCAAUGACAUCGAUGCGAUGGUGCAUCUGGGCCUCCUGCUGCAGGACGGCGCGGAGGGGGUCGAGAAGAACGGGGUUCGCGCCUCAGAGCUGUACGAGAUUGCGAUCGACAGGAGGGACGAUGUGCAUACAUUGGGCAAUCUCGGUCUGCUGCUGCACCACGACGCGGAAGGAGUGGAAAAGGACGAGGUCCGCGCACUGGAGCUGUACGAGCGUGCGAUCGAGAAAUCACGCAACGGUAACGCUAAGUUGAAUCUUGCUCUCCCCCUGAAGGAUGGAGGAGACAGAGAACGCUACGCGGGCUGUGAAGCUGCUUGAGGGUGCGCUUGAGGAAGACGGUAAGGUUGACGCGAUGGUGCAUCUUGGCACGCCGAUGCAGCACGGAGCGGACAGGGUGGGGCGUAACAUAGGGCAGGCGGCACGGCUUUACGACAUGGCGGUUGAGAAAGACGAGAACAACGGAAUGGCUCUCGCAACCUAGAAGUCCUGCAAAGGGCCGGGCUGGGUGACAGGACCGGGGCCGUGAGACGGCUGCAUGGGUGAUUUCGUCCCUAACAUCAAGUGCGUUCACGGCUCGGGAAGCAUGUGGCGGGGGGUUGAAGCAAAGACGCGAGAACGAUCCCCAUGGACAAAAUUAUACCUACAGAGGUCACGUUCUCCAAGAAAAUUUGUUCCUCCUCGCCGAAUCGUCCGAAACUCGUGAAGUUCAAUACUUAUGGCAUCGUAACACGUGUCCGCUACACGUGUUCGUUUUGGGCUUCAAUUGACGCCCCAAUCAAUUAAGCUAAUUUGCUCCUCAAAGAAUUAUGGGCUGUGAGUGUGCAAAGAUACCCUUGUUGAUUACAGUGUGGUGACGUGAAGCUGGUUGAUACUGUAGAUCACAGAUACAAAGAUAUGGACUGGCAACGUCCAUGAAACAAGACUCAAGCAUUCGCAUCAUCAAAAUGAACCCCACCCCCCUCAA